AUGAGGAAAACGAAAGUUUCUAGUUCAACCAUCCGUAAGAUAAUACCAAGAGUUUGCAACGUUUUAAUCGAGGAGUUAGCCGACUACGUCAAGCUGCCCGAAACAGAACAACAAUGGUUGGAAGUGUCUCACAGGUUUGAGGAAAGAUGGCAGUUUCCUCAUGCUAUUGGAGCCAUAGACGGAAAACACGUACGAAUUCGAAAACCCACAUUUUCCGGAAGUUUGUACUACAAUUAUAAAAACUAUUUCAGUAUAGUGCUGUUAGCUAUUGUUGAUGCUGACUACAACUUUAUGUAUGUAGAUAUUGGCGGAAAGGGCGGAGUUUCAGAUGGUGGUGUCUUUAGAAACGCUUAAAUUUAUGCUAAAUUCGAAAAAAAAGAAUUGAACAUUCCGAAACCUACAAUUUUAAAACUCCCAUAUAAUGUUGCAGUACCAUAUAUGCUUCUGGGAGACAAA